AUGACAACGGCACUUAGGGACGACGCAAAGAACGCCCGACCAGCAGCCUCCCUAAGAGGUUUCCUGCACAAACACCAAUGGCCGUCCAUCCUCUUCCUCCAAGAAGUCAAGAUAGCCCACACCGACGAAAAAACCCAAGACGCAGUAAAAAAAGCAGUAAAAUCACCCUUACCAGAAGAAGAAGGAACUCCCCAUAACAAGCGCCCACUAUACCACAUCCACUUCACCCUCCCCACCGACCUCCACAACGCCCGCGGCCCCAAACGCAGCGGCAAAAUCUACGGCGUAGCCAGCCUAAUCCGACGCGACCUCUACAUCCCCUACAAAAUCGCCCUCCGCACCGUAGACUGGGACGCCGAAGGCCGCAUCUCCGUCGUAGAACUCCGCUCGAAGACCAGCACAGCCAAACUCGCCGUCUUCAACAUCUACGCCGUUAACGGAACGGAAAACGCGUAUCGCGAUCCGCAGACCGGUGCGUUUAGAGGAACGAGACAUGACCGGAAACGCGCGUUUCAUAAGCUUUUAGCGAGGGAGUGUAGGGAGUUGGAGGAGCAAGGCUGGGAUGUGUUACUCGCGGGCGACAUGAACGUCGCGCCUGACGAGCGAGACGGGUAUCCCAAACUACGCAUCUUCCCGCAAGCACAUGUAGUGAAUCGUGCGGAUUUCCACGAUAAGCUGCUGGGAGGUGGUGGCAAGGCGAAGGAGCCGUUUGAUGGCGUUGAUGUGUGGAGGGAGAUGUAUCCGCAUGAGAGACGGUAUACGUAUCAUUCUAGAGGAAGGAGAUGGGGGAGUAGCUGUGAUAGGGUGGAUUUCUUCGUUGCGGGGAGGAAGAUGUGGGAGAAGGGGUGGGUUCGGGCGGUGGGGAUCAUGGAUAGUGAGGAGGAGAUGGGGACGAGUGAUCAUGUGCCUGUUUGGGUGGAUAUUGAGAUGAAGGAGGGGGAUGGAGACCGGAAAACGUCGAAAGAGCAAGAGAAAGAUGCCGUAAAAAUAUCAUCUUCCUGA